AGAAAAUGGAGAGGUGGAAAUGGCCCUAGAAGAAUCAUGGGAGCACAGUAAAGAAGUAAGUGAAGCCGAGCCUGGGGGUGGUUCCUCGGGAGAUUCAGGGCCCCCAGAAGAAAGUGGCCAGGAAAUGAUGGAGGAAAAAGAGGAAAUAAGAAAAUCCAAAUCUGUGAUCGUACCCUCAGGUGCACCUAAGAAAGAACACGUAAAUGUAGUAUUCAUUGGCCAUGUAGACGCUGGCAAGUCAACCAUCGGAGGACAGAUAAUGUUUUUGACUGGAAUGGUUGACAAAAGAACACUGGAGAAAUAUGAAAGAGAAGCUAAGGAAAAAAACAGAGAAACCUGGUAUUUGUCCUGGGCCUUAGAUACAAAUCAGGAGGAACGAGACAAGGGUAAAACAGUCGAAGUGGGUCGUGCCUAUUUUGAAACAGAAAGGAAACAUUUCACAAUUUUAGAUGCCCCUGGCCACAAGAGUUUUGUCCCAAAUAUGAUUGGUGGUGCUUCUCAAGCUGAUUUGGCUGUGCUGGUCAUCUCUGCCAGGAAAGGAGAGUUUGAAACUGGAUUUGAAAAAGGUGGACAGACAAGAGAACAUGCGAUGUUGGCAAAAACGGCAGGGGUAAAACAUUUAAUAGUGCUUAUUAAUAAGAUGGAUGAUCCCACAGUAAAUUGGAGCAUCGAGAGAUAUGAAGAAUGUAAAGAAAAACUGGUGCCCUUUUUGAAAAAAGUAGGCUUCAGUCCAAAAAAGGACAUUCACUUUAUGCCCUGCUCAGGACUGACCGGAGCAAAUAUUAAAGAGCAGUCAGAUUUCUGCCCUUGGUACACUGGAUUACCAUUUAUUCCGUAUUUGGAUAACUUGCCAAACUUCAACAGAUCAAUUGAUGGACCAAUAAGACUGCCAAUUGUGGAUAAGUACAAAGAUAUGGGCACUGUGGUCCUGGGAAAGCUGGAAUCCGGGUCCAUUUUUAAAGGCCAGCAGCUCGUGAUGAUGCCAAACAAGCACAAUGUAGAAGUUCUUGGAAUACUUUCUGAUGAUACUGAAACUGAUUUUGUAGCCCCAGGUGAAAACCUCAAAAUCAGACUGAAGGGAAUUGAAGAAGAAGAGAUUCUUCCAGGAUUCAUACUUUGUGAUCCUAGUAACCUCUGCCAUUCUGGACGCACGUUUGAUGUUCAGAUAGUGAUUAUUGAGCACAAAUCCAUCAUCUGCCCAGGUUAUAAUGCGGUGCUGCACAUUCAUACUUGUAUUGAGGAAGUUGAGAUAACAGCGUUAAUCUCCUUGGUAGACAAAAAAUCAGGAGAAAAAAGUAAGACACGACCCCGCUUCGUGAAACAAGAUCAAGUAUGCAUUGCUCGUUUAAGGACAGCAGGAACCAUCUGCCUCGAGACGUUCAAAGAUUUUCCUCAGAUGGGUCGUUUUACUUUAAGAGAUGAGGGUAAGACCAUUGCAAUUGGAAAAGUUCUGAAACUGGUCCCGGAGAAGGACUAAGCAAUUUUCUUGAUGCCUCUGCAAGAUACUGUGAGGAGAAUUGACAGCGGAAGUUCACCACCUACUCUUAUUUACUGCCCAUUGAUUGACUUUUCUUCAUAUUUUGCAAAGAGAAAUUUCACAGCAAAAAUUCAUGUUUUGUCAGCUUUCUCAUGUUGAGAUCUGUUAUGUCACUGAUGAAUUUACCCUCAAGUUUCCUUCCUCUGUACCACUCUGCUUCCUUGGACAAUAUCAGUAAUAGCUUUGUAAGUGAUGUGGACGUAAUUGCCUACAGUAAUGAAAAAUUAAUGUACUUUAAUUUUUCAUUUUCUUCUAGGAUAUUUAGACCACCCUUGUUCCACGCAAACCAGAGUGUGUCAGUGUUUGUGUGUGUGUUAAAAUGAUAACUAACAUGUGAAUAAAAUACUCCAUUUGAAACUC